AUGACAACGGGCGUGCGCGGCGGCGCGAAGCCGGGAGUGGCCGCCCCCCGCGACGCCGAGAUCCGGGAGUCUGUGCAGACCUACUAUGGGCAGGUGCUGAAGAAGUCGGCAGACCUCCAGACCAAUGCCUGUGUCACCGCAGCUAGACCGGUCCCCAAGCACAUCCGGGAAGCCUUGCAAAAUGUACAUGAAGAAGUAGCCUUGAGGUAUUAUGGCUGUGGUCUGGUCAUCCCUGAGCAUCUAGAAAACUGCUGGAUUUUGGAUCUGGGCAGUGGAAGUGGCAGAGAUUGCUAUGCGCUUAGUCAGCUGGUUGGUGAGAAGGGACACAUCACUGGAAUAGACAUGACCAAAGAUCAGUUGGAAAUGGCUAAAAAGUAUCUUGACUAUCACAUGCAAAAAUUUGGCUUCCAGGCACCCAAUGUGACUUUUAUUCAUGGCUGCAUUGAGAAGUUGGGAGAGGCUGGAGUCAAGAAUGAGAGUUAUGAUGUUGUUAUAUCAAAUUGCGUUAUUAACCUUGUGCCUGAUAAACAACACGUGCUGCAGGAGGUGUAUCAAGUGCUGAAGUGUGGUGGGGAGCUAUAUUUCAGUGACGUCUAUGCUAGCCUUGAAUUGCCAGAAGAAAUCAGGACACACAAAGUUUUGUGGGGUGAGUGCCUGGGUGGUGCUUUGUACUGGAAGGAUCUUGCCAUCCUUGCCCAAAAAAGUGGGUUCUGCCCUCCACGUUUGGUCACUGCCAAUCUCAUUACAAUUCAAAACAAGGAACUGGAGAGGGUUAUUGGUGAUUGUCGUUUUGUUUCUGCAACAUUUCGUCUCUUCAAAUGCCCUAAGACGGGACCAUCCAAAAGAUGCCAAGUUAUUUACAAUGGAGGAAUCACAGGACAUGAAAAGGUGCUAAUAUUUGAUGCAAGUUUUACAUUUAAGGAAGGUGAAAUUGUUGAAGUGGAUGAAGAGACAGCAGCUAUCUUGAAGAAUUCACGAUUUGCUCAAGAUUUUCUGAUCAGACCAAUUGGAGAGAAGUUGCCAACAUCUGGAGGCUGUUCUGCUUUGGAGUCCAAGGAUAUAAUCACAGAUCCAUUUAAGCUUGCAGAAGAUUCUGACAAUAUGAAGUCCAGAUGUGCCCCUGAUGUUGCUGGAGGCUGCUGUGGCACAAAGAAAUGCUGCUAA